AUGAACGGUACCGUGCUACGCGGAGGAGGUUUUUCCGUGAUCUACGAAAGAUUGAAAUUAAACGUCAGCUUCGAGUUUUGCGAUGGCGAUGUGGAUUAUUUAAACGAGUUCGAUUUAAAACUGUGUUUGGGCAGCAGUACGUUCAAUGAAAGGCUUCUACCAAUGAUGCAGAACGGUAACGGAAGUUUAGCGACCGCCAUUGAUUACCCAACGGAUUCAUCAAUCUUUCUGGAAUGGGGCUAUAUGAUUGGCGAUUUUCUUACAUUUUACUACACGCCGGCACUUGUCGUCGUGGGAAGCAUCGGAAAUAUCCUGUCAGUGUUGGUAUUCUUCAACACCCGGCUAAAGAAGCUGUCAUCUUCGUACUAUCUUGCAGCGCUCGGGAUCAGUGACACGUGCUUUUUGCUAGGGCUCUUCGUGACCUGGUUAAGCUUUUUCCAGAUACAUAUCUACACGCGGGAAGUGUACUGCCAGAUGUUUACAUUCUCUAGUGGACUUUGCAGCUUUCUGUCCGUGUGGUAUGUGGUUGCGUUCACAUUCGAGCGGUUCAUAGUGGUGCUGUACCCGUUGAAACGACAAAGUUGGUGCACGGUACGCCGGGCAAAGUUGGUCAUCGUUAGCCUCACGCUGCUCGGCGGGUUGCACAGUGCCCCGUAUAUUCUCUUUGCGGGGCCGCAAUUUUCCGAACGAAAUAACUCCACCAUCUGUGACGUACGGGAAGAGUACAAGCCUCAAAUGAUUGUUUUCAAUUACGUCGACACCGUAAUCGUAUUCUUGGUACCAUUCACUAUAAUUCUAGUGCUUAACUCCAUUACCAGCUUUACGGUGUGGCGAGUGGCUGGUCUCCGGAGAAAUAUGACGCUGAUACGAAGGAAAUCAUCAAGCUUCGAAAUUCGAAGGCAGCUAAGUCUGCAGAGGACUUGUUCUCAUCCAAAUGGGCGAAAUAAUGUGCUGCAACGACCAGGCAUAAGUCGUGUUGUGAAUUCCCAGAUGAAGGUCACUAAAAUGCUGCUAAUUGUGUCUUCGGUUUUCGUCUGUCUGAAUUUGCCGAGCUAUUUGAUGCGAGUUAGGGCGUUCAUUGAGACAGAACCUUCCAAUUUGACUAUCCUGAUUCAGUAUUACUGCUACUUAUUUUUCAUCACGAACUUCGGAAUAAACUUUAUUUUGUACUGCAUAAGUGGCCAAAACUUUAGAAAAGCUGUGGUUGAAAUGUUCAACAGAAUGCGAUGCAGCAAGAUGAAUCCGGAUCUGUUCAGUGGAACCCAAACGGAGAUAUUCCGAAGUUCCGGCUCGCUUCUACCGCUGAAACGCUCCAACACUACCAACCGAACGGUGCACGGUUCCUGGCGGGAGUUCUCCGACUAUCCAUCCUCAUUCGGUCAACCUUGA